ACUCAAGAAAUGGUGCAAAGUGAUAACCAAACCAAGAACCUUGAGGAGAUAAUUAUGGAGUUGUGCAUAUGUAAUGGAUUGUCUUAUGAGAACAUUGAUCAAGAGGGACUGAAAACAACUGCACUGGAGAUGUUCUUCUCAGGUUAUUCCAGAAUUGUAGGCAUGAAGUAUUUCCCCAAUCUAACUACUCUCACGCUCAUUGGACAAAGUAUUCAAAACAUUACAGAUCUGGAGCAUUGCUUAUUGCUCAAAGAGCUGUGGAUUGCUGAAUGUUGUUUAGUGAAAAUAGAUGGUCUACAAAAAUGUGUAAAUUUAGAAAAGCUUUACCUUUAUUGCAAUGAAAUUUCCAGGAUUGAAAAUCUGGAAGCUUUAACGAAACUGAGUGUACUCUGGCUGAAUAAUAACCUGAUCAAGAAUAUAGAGGGCUUACGUACUCUGCAGAAUUUGCAAGAGGUCAACCUUGCUGGAAACUUAAUAGAAAAAAUAGGAAGUUGCUUAGACUUCAAUGUACAAAUUGAAAUAUUAAACCUCUCUGGUAACAAAUUAUCUUCCUUCAAGGAACUCACUAGUUUGUCAAGACUACCUAAUUUAAAAGAUUUGGGCCUAAAUGAUCCUCAGUAUGGGCCCAACCCUGUUUGUCUUCUUUCUAAUUAUGCUAUCCAUGUGCUGUAUCAUAUACCACAGCUUCUAAGGUUUGAUACAUAUGAUGUUUCUCAAAAGCAUAUCAAGAUUCUGGCAGAGACCACGGUUAUGAAAAAAAUAAUGUACUAUCAUAUGCGUGUAAAAAGCGUUCACAGACAGCUCCAUGACAGUCUUGAGGAGCUAAAAGAAAGCAAAUGCAGACUGCAGAAUUUGCCAGAAAAGAAGAUAAAGUUGUUCAGCUGCAACAUAAAGCAUCUGGAACAUGAACUGGCCAAGCUGGAAAUGUUGGAUAAAACAUCAAGGAACAGAUCUCCAAGGAGUAAGGAUUUGGAAACUGAAAAUUCAGUUCAUGAUACUGAAGAUACAGAAAAGGCAUACCUUGAAAAGGCAUUCAUAAAAAAAAUAAGUGCCAUGAAGGAAAGAAUAACAUUCUGGAACAGAAAACUGGAUGAAAUUGAAAGAGAUUACCAAGUGGAAAUUAAGAAGAAGAAGAAGAGUUUUAACUUAGUAGUACAAUUUUUGUUGAUGGAAUUGGAAACAGUGGGAAACAUUCGCUUUGAAGAAGGCUUAUCAAAUAAUCCCUGGUUUAGUUCCUGCUGUGAACUAAUUCAAUCACGAUUUUGUACCUGGGACUUCAGAGCAUACAAUAUCAUGGGAGUGAAAAUAAACCGCAUCUUUAGAGUGCACAAUCAAAUUCUGAGGCUGAAAUUUGAAGAGAAGUUUCAAACGUUUCUGGAAAAAGAAGUUUUCUGUGUAGCAGAAAACUACAAAGAGAAGAUGGAGUAUCUCUUCUAUGUAUUUAAUCCUAAAUUGCCAGUUAAGGAAAAGCAGCUGCUGCAAAUACUGGAGGAUGGUUUCCAGGAUCUGGAAGUACAUACGCAGCCUGAGAGAAAUGAAGCUGUUCCUCUCUGUAACAGUCUAAGCAUAUGUGAAUGUCCCAGAAUAGAGUUUCUGAAACAACAAGCCAAGGCUGAAGGCAAAAACAAGAGAGAUCCUGAGGAGUCAUUCAGGCAUGGGAUAGUGAUAAUUGCAAAAGUUUUCCUUGGCCGCAGUGCUCCAGUUUGUGCAGCAAGUCCCAUCUGUCAAAUCAACUACCCAGAAGCUAAUUCAGUAUUCAGGCCAUGGAAAUUCCUGGGAAGUGAUGCAUCUACUUCUAGUAAUGAACUGUGGGCUUCCUUGGAACAGAAAAGUUGUGACUGCAGCGGCUGGCAGUGCGAGUGGUUUGUAUUUGACCAUGAGCUGGUCCUGCCAGAAUACAUUGCUGAGUUUGAGUAUAUUACACUGGUCAAAGACAAAUCUCUGUUUUCCACAUGCAAUGUAAUUGUGGAAGAGGGAGAGAGAAGCACAGAAAUAUUUAUUCUGUCUCAUGAUUUGCAACAUGAUGAUGAAGUUUUGAACAUGGAACCAACAGUAAAAGUGAGGCCUAAGAUUGCUUACUUAGAUGAAAAAACAAUAUUUUCAGUGGCUAAGGUCAAUAUCUACAGUCAGGUACAGGUUUUGAAUUUGCACGGGAACAGCCUGAGUCAGCUGCAGAACAUCUCUAGACUUAAAACACUUCGAAAGCUUAUCAUCAGCUUUAAUGAAUUUACUUCCUUAAAUGAUGUUUAUGACUUGCCCAACCUGGAGUAUUUUGAUGCAAGCCAUAACCAUGUGAUUACUCUUGAGGGCAUAAGAGGCUUAACCAAACUGCAGUGCUUCAACUUGAGCUGGAAUCAGCUGAAAAAAUCCUGGGAAGUUAUAAACAUUUUAAAUGAACACACUCCCAAUUUACUAAGUCUUGACGUCACACACAACCCAUGGUAUAAGCCAGCCUCUUUGCGGCUGAGUGUCAUUGGUCAAUUAAAAGCUCUCACUAACCUAAAUGGAGUCAUGAUUACUAAUGAAGAAGCUGCAGAAGCAUUACGCUAUAUUGCAGGAUCAAAGAUAACCCAGGCAUCGCUGUUGGAAUAUUCUAGGACUGAUGAAGAGACACCCCCUAUUCUCAGUGUAUUUUCUUGUGCUACGAUUCUGUCUCAAAUCAGCAAAAACAAAGUGGAUUCACAGAUGCAUCAUAACAACUGGUAUUCAAUGAUUACUGUCUUAAAUCUGGAUGGCCAACAUCUCUUCAAAAUUUCGAACCUGGAAAAAUUGGAGCACUUAAGAUGGGCAUCAUUUAGCAACAACAAUCUCACACAAAUAGAAGGGCUAGACUCUUGUCUUAACCUCGAAGAACUCACUUUAGAUGAAAACUGUAUUUCAACACUGGAUGGAAUUUCAAAGCUCACCAAACUUACAAGACUUAGUGUAAAUAAUAACCAUCUUACCAGCCUCAAAAGACAUGUGUUUGAAAAUCUGUGUCAUCUUCAUUACAUUUCUGUUGAGAACAACAGGAUCACAUCUUUAGAUGGUUUAAAGAAAACCUACUCCCUAAUAGAACUGUACAUAAGCAAUAACUGUGUUUCUACCAACCGAGAGAUGUAUCAUUUAAAGGGUUUGACUAAUCUGAUAAUUUUGGACAUGAGUGGAAAUACAAUAGUCUGGAAACAAGAUAACUACCGACUAUUUGUAUUAUUCCAUCUUCCGUCUCUAAAAGCUUUAGAUGGUAUCAGAGUAGAGCCAACAGAAGGAGAAAGUGCUAGAGAUUUGUUUGGAGGCAAACUUACCUCUGAUAUGAUUGCAGACAGACUGGGUCAUUCAGACUUCACAGAAAUGCAAGAAUUAAAUUGGGCAACCUCUAAUAUCAGAGCCGUAGAGCUGGUGCCAGCAGAUCAGUUUAGAAAUGUCUACAGUGUAAAUUUACAGAACAAUGAUCUCACGUCUUUCAGUGGUUUAAUCUUCCUUCCUAAUGUCAAGGUAUUAUGUCUGAACUACAAUCAGAUUGAAUCGAUACUGCCUGGACAGAAGUCUCCAAAUCAGGUAACAAAUAGGCAGCACCUGUAUCGAAGGGUGGCCUCUAGUGGAUAUGGACAGCAAGAACUUGCCAAAGGAAGAAGGGAUGCAGGAUUUGGAGAAAACCUGCCUCCAAUAAUGCAGAGUUUGGAAGUUCUUCAUCUGGGUCAUAAUGGAAUUACUGAUAUGGCCCAGCUACAGCUUAGCAGGCUAAAAAACUUGAAGCUUCUGUUUUUGCAGGGAAAUUACAUCAGCCAAAUUAAAGGACUUGAAGGUCUCCAGUUUCUGCAGGAGUUGGUGCUGGACCAUAACCGCAUUAAAAUAAUUUCACGAGACUCCUUUGCUGGACAGAGUGGUCUUUUGGCUCUUCAUCUAGAGCAAAACCAAAUACGAGAACUGAAAAGUUUACAACCCUUGGUAAAAUUACAGAAACUCUUUCUGGACUUCAACAGAAUUCAGGAGUUAUCUGAACUAGAGAAACUUCAAGUUAUUCCCAGUCUCAAGGUGCUCUCAGUACGUGGAAAUCCAGUUUCUCUCAAGAAAAACUAUCGUUCACUGCUUGUUAUUCGACUGCCAGCGCUACAAGUGCUAGAUGGAACAGCAGUAAAUGCAGAAGAGAGGUUGAAAGCUGACUAUCAGCGCCUAGAACAAGAUUUCCAAGCUGCAAAUUCCCCAAAGGACUCUGGAUUUCCUGCACUACCAGCAAAUUUUACAAGACAAACUCCUCUCAGAAUAGCAAAUGUGAAUCUGAAUGAAAACAUUAACCGUUUCUUUGACCCUGAUUUUACAUUUGGUCAUGAACUUGAAGAGCUUCUACCGAAUAAAUCAAAUAAAAGUAAGUCUAGGAACCCAAGAAUUACAACAUAUAAUCUUCAAAGCAUCUAUGUAGAAAGAACUCCUAGGCAAGCCAAAGGAGCAUCAACUAAUCUAAACCAUUUGGUGCAUCACAGUGCUACUUCUAAGACCAGCCAAAUGAAUCAGAGCAACAGAGAAAAUACCAGCAGGUGA